AUGCAAAACGGAAAACAUGAGACUAAUAAUUCUAAUGGUCUACUAACAAAUUUGGAUUCACUUGUGGAUCAAUAUCAAGAACAAGCUAGAUAUGAUGAUGACUUAUUGAAAAAAUAUGGGGAACAGGUGAACCAAGUGUUCAAGAAUGUGAAGCAUUUAUUAAUUUCAAAUGAUCAAUCUCAAAUUCAAAUUGAUUUGCCAUACAAGUCUUCAGUAUCUUCAAUUUCUUUGAAGAUUUUAUCUACUCAGCUAAACAAGUUAAGACUUCUUGAUACCAAACUAAAAAAUGAAUCAAUUGACAUUGCAAAGCAAAAAAUGGAGAAAAAAAUAAAUAAGUUGGAGUUGGAAAAGUCCAAGACUGAGAAUCAAAUUAGUUCCAUUCGAUUGAAACUUUUAAAGAAGGAAUCAGAAUUAUUUACUAAUUAUGAAAAUGAACUCUUAAAUCUAGAUAAAGAAAUUAAGGAUUUUGAAAAUGUGAAAAUAGCACAGGUUAUAAAGCAGUCAUCAAAGUUGCAAAUUGACAGGUUUCUUGUGCUAAUUGACUCGAUUAUCCAAAAAAAUGAUAAAAAACUACUAUUUUAUUAUCAGAUUGUUUUGAAAACACAGGAAUAUCUAGGAUAUAACUUAGUAUCAAUUAAUCAGUUUCUUGAAAGAAUUAUCGUAUUUCAAUGUCAACUAAAUUCAAUAUUCAAAAUGAAAUUACCAUACUUGAGCCAACUUUGCAAAUAUUUACCUGAUUCUAAAUUUUAUGAUUUAUUGAAAAGGAAAGAAAUGAUGAUGACUGGUGGGUAUCAGCAACAUCAUGAAAACAAUUCACUGACACUGCCUAAUCAUACACCAAACAUAGACAACUUUUAUGAAGAGGACGCAAAAGACACGAAUGACACUCCACCAAAAGAAAUUAAUAAUGCAACUGAAAAAAUCAUAAAAUUGGGUGAAGAAUAUAAGCUACCGCUAUCAUCAAAAACUCUUAAUUAUCAAAGAAGAGCUGCGAGGUCAUCUUCUGUCACAUCAACAACCUCUACGUCCGCAUCAAUUGAGCCAGCGGAAUUAAAUAGUAUUCCAAUAAUGAGGGAAAACACAUCACCCUUUUCGAAUAAUUUUAAAAAAAUAACUAUUCCUCAUAAGAUUAUAAAUAAACCUUUCAAUAAACUUUCAAUAAAGGACUUUUUUGAAUUCUUGGUAAUAAUUGUCAAAAUUAUUAUAAAUUUUCAACAAAUACUAAAAUAUUUCAAGGUCAAUACUGAUGAUUAUAGUAUGGAAGAUUGGUGUGACAUGGAAAAAUUGCUUAGUGAAAUAUCUAAUCAAGAUCAAUUAAAUCUAAGAUUAAAUAACGACGCAACUUUAUCUAAUCCAAAACCAAGCACAUCUCUUCCAAAAAAAUUAAAUGCAAAAUCAAAUUUCCAAUUCCUACUAGAACAUGUAUAUAAAUCAAUAAUUAUGUCUCCCUAUGCACAAAAGCAACAACAUCAUAUGAAUAAUAAUAAGUUGAUUGGAUUACAAAAUUUGAAUUUCAAAAAUUUAUUCUUAAAUCAAAUACUGCCCAAUUUUAACAUGGGUGAGGAUUAUGAUGGGUUAGAUAAUGAAUUCAGAAAUAAAGAUGAAUGGGAUUUGAUUAGUGAGAUUUUAUAG